AUGUCCAAUUCAUUGGAAACUAUUGAUUCUAUUUCACAAAAAAUAUACGAAAAUUUACUGUCUAGUAUGAUUCAAGACAUUACCUCAAUGGAAUUUCAUAAAAAUAGACUAUUAAACGCAAGAUACCCUAAUCUAAAACCUUAUUACCACGAUAGUUCUGGCAAACUGGAUAUUAAUGGUAUGGCAAAACAGCAGGAGUCAUCACAGUACUUUUUCUGUUCAAAUUGUAAUAGGGAAGUUUCAUCAAAUAGAUUUGCUGCACAUUUGCAAAGAUGUCUAAAUAGAGGAGAUGGAAGGCGUUAG